AGUAUAACAUUUUUAGGUUUGUGGUUUGAUGAAAAAUUAAAAUGGAAUAUUCACAUUCAAAAGAUUGUUGAUAAAUGUAAGAGAAAGUUGAAUAUAUUAAGGUGUUUGGCUGGUAGUGAAUGGGGCAGACAGACAAUCGUUAAAACAGAUUUAUACAGGGAUGAUAAGAUCUGACUUUGAUUUUGGUUUAGUUUACAGUUCAGCAGCUAAAACUCAUCUCAAUAAAUUAGACAAUAUUCAACAUCAAGCAUUAAGAUUGUGUACUGGAACAUUCAAAACAACACCUGCAGCAGCAUUAGAAAUAGAAACGGGAAAAAUACCAUUAGAUCUAAGGAGAACUAAUUAAUUAUUGGUUAAAUUUGAUGGGUAAUAAAUGUGAUCAUCCAACUCGGGGAAAUUUAAAAAUCAUGUUGGGAAAAGAAAGAGAUAAGGAGUUAUGGAUGGAAAAGGUUCAGGUAUAUAGGGCUUAAUUAUUCACUUUCUAAAAUACAGAAGCAUAAAAUUGGAAAGUGUGAUUAUUGUGAGAAGUUUGAAACAAUAGAGCAUGUUAUUUUAGAGUGUUAUAAAUAUGAAGAAGAGAGAAGAUGCAUGUUGAGUGUGAAGGUAUUAAAGAGAGGUUUAAUUUAUCAGAUUUUUUUGAGAAGGGAUUUGGGGAGUAGACAUUCAAAUAAUUAUUCGGUUUCUUAAGUUAUUUAAUAGAAUCUGAGUAGAGUAAGAUGGUUGUGAAUGUGUAAAGAAUAAUGAGUGGUAUAUAAAGCUAUCUGCAAGGAAGGUUAUAUAAGUAGAUGUGUAUGUUUAGUCAGAAAUUAUUGUAGGGAUUAGGUAUGAAGUAAUAGUAUAUAGAUCAUCACGAACCACACUCCAUACCAGUAAGUGGCGGUAAUGCUACUGAAAGUUUGUUGCCAACCGCCAAUAAAAACCCAACAAGAAGAAGAAGACGUACCCUGGCUGUUGACAUUUGGAGGUACUCCGAUGCUUCUUCAGCGGCGGUCAGCUGUCGCUCUUCAUUCUGCACCGUUUGUUGAUAUGAACCUGCUAACUUUAGUGUAGUAACAUYCAACCCAAAUACUAGGCUGCGGUAGCUAAAGGAGGUCGUUYACACAGCUGAAUUUUGGACGCACCGGUUGCGAUACUGACAAAUAUCCAGGUAUGKCUUCGUCCGCCGUGCGCGAGAGCGUUGCCAAAAAGAAGCACGUUCGUUUCGCUAGCAUGGAAGAGGAGGACGACAACGACGAGCAGGAGGAGAACACGCUGUUUGACAAGAGGAAGGAGGCCGGUCAGGGGCUGAAGAGCCCACUGAAGUUGGCGAAGAGGACUAUAAAGCCGGGAGGAGACAACCGGGUGAAAGUGGUCGGYGGAAGAAGCGGGGCGUGCGGCCGUUGGAUGGUUACGCUCGCGCUGUGUGGGUCCUUCUUGGGCUUGGGAAUGGGAAUCUCUGUUGUCGGCCCCACGUUUGAGGACCUGGCUGCCAAUGUGCACUAUGUCUCCUGUGUUUCAGGUGGGAAUGUGCUCAUCCUGAACACAUGGGGGGAGCAGUCGGGCCCUCACCUGCAAGCCCUCCACUUCAGCUUUGCAGCAGGGGCCUUCGCGUCCCCCAUCAUAGCCAAGCUGUUGUUUGGCCAUGAUGGAAACGGCAGCACUCUGGCCAAACCCACCAACCCGCCAAACGACACCUCGACAACUGUCUCUAACUCCAUGAUCCGCUACAUCCACGCCAAGAGCAGCAUCCUGAAGUCCAUGUGGGCCUACAUCGUAAUCGGCUCCUGCCUCCUCUUCAUCUCCUUACUCUUCUUCGUCCUGUACUCUCGUGGUGGCGCGUCCCGGGACAAAGCGCAGGCAGCGGCAGAGAAGCCCAAGAUGGCCAAACACCACCUGGCUCUUGUCAUCCUGCUUUUCUUCUUCUUCUUUGCCUAUGUGGGCGCUGAGGUGGCGUAYGGCUCCUUCAUCUUCACAUUUGCCAMGGACUACAUCCACAUGCCUGAGGCUCACGCAGCUGGCCUCAACUCCCUGUUCUGGGGGACCUUUGCGGCCACUCGGGGGGUKGCCAUCUUCUUUGCAGCCUGCUUGUACCCUGGCACCAUGAUCGUCCUCUGCCUGCUGGGCACUAUGAUCUCCUCUCUUCUUCUCUGCUUUUUCACCAACCACAGUGCGGUGCUGUGGGUAGGCACCGGCCUCUACGGGGCCUCCAUGGCCACCACCUUCCCAAGUGGGAUCUCCUGGCUGGAACAGUACACCACGGUGACGAGCCACACGGCGGCAGCCUUCGUGGUGGGGGCCGCCACGGGGGAGAUGGUCCUCCCAGCUCUGGUGGGAUUCCUCAUCGGGAUUUUUCCCAAGCAGCCUCUGCUGAUGUACCUGUCCCUCAUCACUGCAGUCUUCACCUCCAUCCUGUUCCCCGUCAUGUAUAAGGUAGCCUUGGCGUCUGGCACUACGGGCAGGAAGCUCCGCGUUGGGGGCCAGAUGGACACCGACAACGGAAAGGUCCGCCAGGUCCUGCUGGACUCUGGAGCCACCAAGGAUGACAAGGAAAAGCAAGAGCAGAAUGAGGCAGAUCAGUGGAACGAUGCAGAGUCUGAGGUCAUCGAAAUGGAUGACACGUCAAGUGUUAAUUCCCCCAGCAAGGGGUCAUCUCCUCCAGGUGGUGGCGCUGUAACGAGCCCCUCUGCUUCAUUAAACAGCCCUGUAGCAGACUCUCCCAGAGGCAAGCUGCAGCUCUCACUGGACAGACAGAAAAGAGACUGAAUGCUGUAGCGCCAUCUACUGAUCCUGCACUGAGCAUUACAUGAGUGAUGCUUGUUCUCGUUUCUGGCCCAGCAUUUCCAUGGAGACGCUGGGCCUCCAUGUGUCUCCACUGUUUUAACAGUUUGAGCUGUUAAAACGGGCUUAGAGACAGACUUCCUGCUCUGCUGGUGCCCUCUACAGGAGACGCCAACAGCUAACAGUUCAGUGCCUUCCUGAGGACACACCCCUGAUCAUCCAGCCAAUCAGCUGCCAGACUUAUGUUUAAAGUACAUUUUGUUGCACUUAYAUGAAGGGUUUUGUUUUUGUGAUGCAGUGUAUUGAGGUUUAUCACUGUGAGCCACUUUGAGGGUUACAUUUGAAUUAUUGAACAAGGUGGUUUAUGAAUACUGAGUUUAUUAUAUCAAUCUCAAACCUCCACCCACAGCAAUAUCAAUUAAAAACAAUCAGAAACACCUUCAAUAUCUUCAGUUUUUACAUUUUUACAAACAGAUCCUGUGUGCGGCUGUACGGAAAGCUGGACAUAAAACCGUAUAUGCACAAAAAUGAUAAACUUUUCAUGACAAAUUAUAAUACAGUAUUGCAACAGUCCCAGAUUGAUAAAUGUGUUUCCAGUUCUUGCACUGUGAAGUUGAUAGAGGAAACAUGGCAGGAUUUGAAUUCAUGGCUGGAGUUUCAGUUUUCAGGUUAAUCCAGUGAGACAGUAGAAAGAUCUGCACAGGAAAACUUUAGGUACCACAGUCUGUAAGGAUGAAGUGAAGUUAGCCCGUGGUUGAUGUCAAACUGCUGCAGUCAAUCAUCCCAGCAGACACGAGCUUCACUCAGCAGCUUAUGGAGGUUACCGUAAACGAGCAUGACUGACUAACUGGAAUAAGUUAGUGUUACAAGAAUGAAUAAAAAAAAA